CCCCGGCCCAAUGGCAGCCUGAGUCCCCCUCCUCUGGCCUGGUCCCGCCUCUCCUGCCCCUUGCGCCCCGCAUUACCUGCCGCCUGGCCACAUCCCGAGCUGGAAGGCGGGUGCGCGGGCGCGCAGCGGGCACCAUGCAGGGAGGCUGCCAGGGACCGUGGGCAGCGCCGCUCUCUGCCGCCCACCUGGCGCUGUGAGACGCGCGCUGCCACCAUGUUCCCCAGCCCCGCGCUCACGCCCACGCCGUUCUCGGUCAAAGACAUCUUGAACCUGGAGCAACAGCAGCGCAGCCUGGCCGCCGGGGAGCUCUCCGCGCGCUUGGAGGCCACCCUGGCGCCCGCCUCCUGCAUGCUGGCCGCCUUCAAGCCCGAGGCCUACGCGGGGCCGGAGGCCGCAGCGCCCGGCCUCUCCGAGCUGCGCGCCGAGCUGGGCCCCGCGCCCUCACCAGCCAAGUGCGCGCCCUCCUUCUCAGCCGCCCCCGCCUUCUACCCGCGUGCCUAUGGCGACCCCGACCCCGCCAAGGACCCUCGAGCCGAUAAGAAAGAGCUGUGCGCGCUGCAGAAGGCGGUGGAGCUGGAGAAGCCAGAGGCGGACAGCGCCGAGAGACCUCGGGCGCGACGGCGAAGGAAGCCGCGCGUGCUCUUUUCGCAGGCACAGGUCUACGAGCUGGAGCGACGCUUCAAGCAGCAGCGGUACCUGUCAGCUCCCGAGCGCGACCAGUUGGCCAGCGUGCUGAAGCUCACGUCCACGCAGGUCAAGAUCUGGUUCCAGAACCGGCGCUACAAGUGCAAGCGGCAACGGCAGGACCAGACUCUGGAGCUAGUGGGGCUGCCCCCGCCCCCGCCGCCGCCGGCCCGCAGGAUCGCGGUGCCGGUGCUGGUGCGCGAUGGCAAGCCUUGCCUCGGGGACUCCGCGCCCUACGCGCCAGCCUACGGCGUGGGCCUCAACGCCUACGGCUAUAACGCCUACCCCGCCUACCCGGGUUACGGUGGCGCGGCCUGCAGCCCUGGCUACAGCUGCACCGCUGCGUACCCAGCCGGGCCGCCCCCGGCGCAGUCGGCUACGGCCGCCGCCAAUAACAACUUCGUGAACUUCGGCGUCGGGGACUUAAACGCGGUGCAGAGCCCGGGGAUUCCGCAGGGCAACUCGGGAGUGUCCACGCUGCACGGUAUCCGAGCCUGGUAGGGAAGGGGCCUGUCUGGGGCACCUCUAAGGAGGGGCACUAACUAUCGGGGAGAGGGAGGGCUCCCGAUACGAUCCUGAGUCCCUCGGAUGUCAUAUUGACUCCCACGGAGGCCUCGGAGCUUUUUCCGUCCGGUGCGCCUUUGUCCCCACGCGCGGGAGAGUUCGUGGCAGAGUUUACGCAGCUUGGGGUGAGUGAUCCCGCAGCCCGGUGCCUUAGCCGUCGCCCCGGGAGUGCCCUCCAAGCGCCCACGGGCAUCCCCAAUCGGCUGACACCGGCCAGUUGGGACCGGGAGCCCGAGCCCAGGCGUGCCAGGCUUAAGAUGGGGCCGCCUUUCCCCGAGCCUGGGCCCGGUGCCCGGGGCCCUUGCUGCCUUGCCGCUGCCCUCCCCACACCCGUAUUUAUGUUUUUACUUGUUUCUGUAAGAAAUGAGAAUCUCCUUCCCAUUAAAGAGAGUGCGCUGA